CUGUGGCUCCUCCUCUGGUUCGGGGCGCGGUCUGCGUGUUGAAAACUUUGAGCAGCAGAAGUUGUUGGAGUUUACAGCCGUGUGAUCUUCCUCCUCUCCUCUUCAUCAUGUCCGGCGUUGCGUCCACUCUGGCCAAGAAGCGCGCUCUGGCCGCGGGCUUUGGCACCAACGCGAACGCGGUCCCGUACCUGAACCAGAACUUCACCGCGCUGCGCGCCCAGUGCCGUUCCGCGGGCAAGCUCUUCUGCGACCCGACGUUCCCCGCCGCGCCCGAGUCUCUGGGCUUCAACGAGCUGGGCCCGAGCUCCUACAAGGUCCGCGGAGUCAGCUGGAAGAGGCCCACGGAGCUCGUCUCUAAACCGGAGUUCAUCGUGGGCGGGGCCACCAGGACUGAUAUCUGCCAGGGCGCACUGGGUGACUGCUGGCUGCUGGCGGCCAUCGCCUCUCUGACCCUGAAUGAAUUUGUGAUGGCCAGAGUUGUUCCCACGGACCAGGACUUUGGGGACAGCUACGCCGGCAUCUUCCACUUCCAGUUCUGGCAGUUCGGUGAGUGGGUGGACGUGGUGAUCGACGACCGGCUGCCGGUCAAAGACGGCGAGCUGAUGUUCGUGCACUCGGCCGAGGGGAGGGAGUUUUGGAGCGCCUUGUUGGAGAAAGCCUACGCCAAAGUGAACGGCUGCUACGAGGCGCUGUCUGGCGGGUCCACCACCGAGGGCUUCGAGGACUUCACCGGCGGCAUCGCAGAGAACUACGACCUCAAAAAGCCCCCCUCCAACUUGUUCCAGAUCAUCAAGAAGGCGCUGGAAGCGGGCUCGCUGCUGGGUUGCUCCAUCGAUAUCACGAGCGCCGCAGACUCUGAAGCUGUGACUCAUCAGAAGCUGGUGAAAGGCCACGCCUACUCGCUGACGGGCGCCGUGGAGGUGAACUACCGAGGGCGUCAGGAGAAGCUGGUGAGGAUGAGGAACCCGUGGGGCCAGGUGGAGUGGACGGGACCGUGGAGUGACGGGUCGUCUGAGUGGAACUACGUGCAGGGGGAGUCUCCUCACAGCAAAGCAGAAGAUGGAGAGUUCUGGAUGUCCUUCAGCGACUUCCAGCGUCACUACUCUCGUAUCGAGGUGUGCACUCUGACCCCGGACACCAUCGAGAACGACUCCGUCAAACACUGGAGCGUCAGCAAGUUUGACGGCGGCUGGAGGAGGGGCUCCACCGCCGGAGGCUGCAGGAAUAACCCGUACACGUUCUGGACGAAUCCGCAGUUCGUGAUUAAGCUGGCCGAGGAGGACGACGACCCCGACGACAGCGAGGUGGGCUGCAGCUUCGUGGUGGGUCUGAUCCAGAAGAACCGCAGGAAGCUACGCAAACAGGGCGAGGACAUGCACACCAUCGGCUUCGCCAUCUACGAGCUUCCACAAAAGUUCCACGGGCAGAGGGACGUACACCUGGAUAAGAACUUCUUCCUGAGCCACGCUCAGACGGCGAGGUCAGAAACCUUCAUCAACCUGCGUGAGGUCAGCUCUCGCUUCAAGCUGCCGCCGGGCGAGUACCUGAUCGUCCCGUCAACCUUCGAGCCGCACCUGAACGGAGACUUCUGCAUCCGGGUGUUCUCCGAGAAGCAGACGGAGACCGUGCCCUGCGACGACCCCGUCAGUGCCGAACUCGAUGAUGAGACAGUGCCGGACAGCGAGGUGGACGCCGGGUUCAGGGGCCUCUUCACUAAACUCGCCGGAAGUGACAUGGAGAUCUCUGCAGUGGAGCUGAGGACCAUCAUGAACAAAAUCGUCUCCAAACGAACUGACAUCAAAACUGACGGCUUCGGCAUGGAGACGUGCAGGGUGAUGGUGAACCUGAUGGACGUAUCCUUUACAGACAGCUGGGAGAAAAGAUCAAAGUUCUUCACAGGGUAUAAAACAAAAACAGACGCUGAUAACUCGGGGACGAUGUGCACGCCUGAGAUGAGAGUGGCCUUCAAAGACGCAGGUUUCUCUCUCAAUAACAACAUCUACCAGCUGCUGGUGGCCCGAUACUCCGACCCCGACAUGACCAUCGACUUCGACAACUUCGUGGGAUGUCUGAUGAGGCUGGAGAUGAUGUUCAAGGUCUUUAAGAAGCUCGACACUAAAGGCAGCGGUUUCAUUGAGCUCGACUUCCAGCAGUGGUUAAACUUCGCCAUGAUCUGAGCCGCAGCUUCAGUGGUUACUGCAGCACGCCUUCUUCCCCGUUUGCUGGCCGCCUCACUUCCUGUCACCGCUCCUGUUUUAUAUGCAUGGUUGAGUUUCUACACUAACUUUCUGACAUGUAAAGUCAAUAAAUUCUCCAAACCUGGAAA